AUGGAUCGAGAACUGAACGAAGAGGAACUGCAGGAUUUGUACGCGUGGAUAGACAAAAUACCUCUGUCCCGGCCAAAAAGACACAUCACAAGAGACUUCAGCGACGGAGUGAUGGCUGCUGAGGUUGUAAAAUACUUCUUCCCAAAGCUUGUUGACCUGCACAACUAUAUUCCUGCUAACGCCACACCGCAGAAGCUCAGUAACUGGAACCUCCUCAACAGGAAGGUGUUUUCCAAGCUGAACUUUCACGUGCCUGAGGAGACAGUGAAGAAGAUUGUACUGAGCACUGCGGGAGUGAUAGAACCUGUACUGAGCGCCUUAAGGGAGAAGAUGGACAAGAAACUGGAGCACACCACGGACGAUGUGCUGGAUUUGGAAUACUUUGACACCAGGAACCAUGAGAAACCUCAUGCAGAAAUUCAUCAGACUGAAGCAAAACUUCUGGGUCAGCUGGCAGGAGGAGAGGUGAAAAAAGUUGAAAAGAGCAAACUAAGAAACAGCAAACCGCAGAACACAAUACAGUUUUACACAGACAUGGACCCAACUUUACGAAUAAUCCUGCAGGAAAAAGAGCAAGCUGUCAUGGCCUUACAGGAGACUGUGGAGAUCCUGCAGAUGAAAGUGAACAGGUUAGAGCAUCUGGUGCACUUGAAGGACAUGCGUAUUGAAGACCUGACGCGGCAUCUGGAGACGUACAAAGCCAAAGGAAAUACACGCUGACACAAAUAUGUACACCAACAACACGAAACACACAUUCACACAGAGAAUUUGUUACAGAAGCUCGGAGCUUACUUGAAUGAAUAAAUUAUCAGUUCCUAGAAAGUUCUGAGAUUAUUGUCUUACCAGCUAAAAUUCAUCACACCUGUUGAAAUUGUUGGUUUACUGUCUUUUCUAGAUUUCAUUUCAUUCCUGUCAACAUUAGUUACUCUAUUCACAAGUAAGAAAUUUAGAUACAAGUAAUACUAGCGAUUAUAGAGGGUCACAUUUUCAUAACAUGAAAAGUGCACCUUUCAACAGGAUGUGAUCUAUCUAAUCAGACACUGAAAUAUUUUUCAUAUCAUGAUUUAACAAGGGCAGUGCAACAACUGUUUUCUCUAUGAUAUAAAUAUUUUUGCAUGUACUUGCAAAUGAUUGCAGAGUCCUUUGUUGUUCAUGUGAAUGAGAUUCUGUUGUAGAUGAUUUAUUAGCCUGUUUAUGAAACGUCCUAUAAAUAGCAGCUUCUGUGUGAGGAGUGUGUAGAAUGUGUUUCAUAAAGUAUCACACAGUCUUUUUUGACUUCUGUGCCUUUACACAGCCCAUGAC